AUGUCUUUCUAUCACGUAUUCUCUAAGCGUCGUUGUACCCCACUCUCUCUCUCUCUCUCUCUCUCUCUCUCUAAUACACUUUAUCUUAUACUCUAUCUUUCGUUCUCUCUGUUGAUAUUUUCUAUCUAUCUAUCUAUCUAUCUAUCUAUCUAUCUAUCUAUCUAUCUAUCUAUCAUUAUAACACUCUCUUUGUCUGUCGGUAUGGGCGUCCAAAUUUAUGCCCAAUCCACCAACCCAUUUAAGCUAAAGCAGAAGAACACUGCUAUCAAAGAGUCGGUGGACCUAUCUAUAGAUAAUGCGCACAUUCUUAGUAUGAGUUCGAGGAAUUCGACCGUAAAAGAAAUACUUACCCAUACAACUACUUUCUAUUGUCUCCUUAGAAAUGAUGCCGACCAUAAAGACCACUUCUUUCUUUCUUUCUUUCUUUCUUUCUUUCUUUCUUUUACACCCACUCGCAUCAUAAUUACAUCUAUCUAUCUAUCUGUCUGUCUAUUCAUAUACAUGUAUCUAUCUAUCACAAUCUGUUCGUAUCUAUCUAUCUCACUCAGUUUAUUUCAAAUCUAUCUAUCUAUCUAUCUAUCUAUCUAUCUAUCUAUCUAUCUAUCUAUCUAUAUACACCCCACACGCCACCAAUACAUGCACGUAUAA